AUGUGCACGGGAGGCUGUGCCAAGUGCCUGGGAGCCACACUCAUCCCCCUGGCCGUGCUCUGCACCCUCGCUAACAUCUUGUUGUUUUUCCCUGGAGGAAAAGUGGUUGAAAACAAUCAGCACAUUACAGACGAGGUCUGGUACUUCGGAGGGAUCCUGGGAUCUGGUGUGUUGAUGAUCUUUCCUGCCUUGGUAUUUUUGGGCCUUAAGAAUAAUGAUUGCUGUGGAUGCUGUGGUAAUGAGAGCUGCGGAAAGAGGUUUGCGAUGUUUUCGUCUAUAAUAUUCGCUGCAGUUGGACUCGUGGGAGCUGGAUACUGCUUUGUUUUGUCAGCAGUGGCCCUAAACAAAGGCCCUAAAUGUAACACUGGAACAGAGUGGACCUACCCCUUCCAGGACGGGAACUACCUCUCUAACCACACGCUGUGGGAUAUGUGUCAGUCGCCCGAAAACAUCGUCCCGUGGAACCUGACCCUCUUCUCCUUGCUGCUGGUGAUGAGCGGGAUCCAGGCAGUGCUCUGCAGUAUCCAGGUGGUGAACGGCCUCUUGGGAACGAUCUGCGGGGACUGCAAAUGUUGCGGAUGCUGCGGGGGAGAUGGGCCUGUCUAA